AAUGACGGAAACCAGCAGCAGCUUGAAUGACGAUGAGUUUUACCAGAAGCUCAUGCAGCUGCGAGAAGAGCAAAAAGCGACGAUGAAACAGUUAGAAUCGCUCUAUGCAGCUAAAAUGGAAGCGCAGGGAACGGAAGUUGAAGUCACCGGCAGUGCUGAAAAUCUAGAACUCCUGGCUGCUCAAAAUAUUCAAAUAUCAGACGCACGGUUAGCUGAUUUGGAACGUGAGUACAGAGAUCUAUCUCUCGCAGACUUCCCAACCAACGACAAUGCAGAGUCGCAAGACAUAGACCAUAAUCAGAACGGAUACUUCGAAAGAGUAUCGGCAGAUAGAAUGUGGGAUGGCGUAGCAAUCACCGACUACAUGAAUCGGUUAGACUUGGAGCACGAAAGAAAUUUAGAUGACAUUGAAAUGACACUUAAAAGGCAUCGAAUGAAUUCUCUUUCGAAGAAGACUGAUGAUUGGAAACCCUCGAUCACAGUUCCGAAACCAUUUAGUAUGACCAUCCGUGAGUACCAAAAGCCAAAAAAGAAGUCCAGAUCACAGCAAAUUUUCGAACUAGAACAGGAACAAAAACGACUCUCCGAAAUGAAGGAGCUGACUAAAAAGUUCAAAGCAAACCCAAUUCCGGGCCACACGUUUCUGCCUCUCUACGAAACAAUGCAAGAUAAAGACAAAAAUGUCAGAUCUAGCUCGAAAGAAAAGCGAAAGUCUGAUCUCCAAAGCAUGACAAAACCUUUCAAGUUCACUGACAGGGACAACGACUAUGCUAGGAUUUCGAAACUUUCGAAAAGCAUCGAUAAAAUGAUUGCCGACGAAAGCGAACGUCCGCCCCAGUUUAAGGCAAAACCAGUUCCUCGGAAGGUCUUAGAUAAACCUAGUGUUACCGAAAAAAUGCAGGAAGAGGAAUUGUUUAGGCAAAUGAGAUGUAAAUUGCGAGCACAGACUUUGCUGCGUCAAAGUAAGGCGCCAGUAUCUUCACCAGAAGUUUCAAAAACUGCCAUUAGAAAAAAUAAAGAGGAACCUUCUGAUUCGAGAAACUCUCUCCCAAGGAGAUCUAGGAGCGCUUUGAGUCAUUCGGUACCAGACUUCGACGCCCAGUAUAAAAAAUUUCUGAAUGAAGCCGAGAAGAUCCGAACUAUGAAAGAAUCCACUGUCUGUAAGCCAUUUACAAUGCGUACUGAGCAAAAACAUUCAGCAAAGGUAGAAAAGUGCGUAAAAGCGGAUCUGGAUAUUCGAAGUCGACCAUUGUCUGGACGUGCAGCCCUGAGUCCAGCUCAAUCAGGCGCUCCGAUUGGCAAGCACAAAACUUAUAAAAGCGACACAAUUCCGCCCAAGAUAACCAAAUCUUUCGAACUGAUGGCUUCGAAGAAUCGCGAAAAGUUGAGCGAGUCGGCCCGAGAAUCUAAAUUGAACGAAUACGAGGCGAAGAAGAAGAAAGCUAAAGAACAGGCUUUAAGAAAGCACAUUGCCAUGAAAGCUGCUGCGAAUGAUAACAGAUUGCUUCUUGAAGAAACCAGAGCACGCAAGGUUCAAGAGUUUCGAGAGCAGCAACGCGAAUUGGAAAUGGAGUACCAACAAAAGUUGGCAAGUAUGUCUGAUCGUCUAGAAAAUAGGCAGCUUCUGUUUGAGAGGGCGUCUGAAAUCAAUGCGAAGAAAGAAGCGGAUAAAAGAUACAUAGAAACGCUGAGGAAUGCAGGGAUUGAUGAUGACUUGUUCAACAGUAUCACGUCAGCUGGCAGAGGGUCAUCUUAUGACCUGAAGGUCGAAGACUUCAAUGACAGUUUGGUCGAUGAAAAUUUGGACGAUUCAUAUGCUAGUGAUUUCGACAGUUCCGAUAAGCUAACACCUGAGCACUAGUCCUUGUAAUGAAUUCCUAAUAGAUUUCAAGUCAACUCUUUGAGUUAUUUUUCUCCUAUACUAUUUUUAAGUUGCUUCACAACAUUGAAUUUCAUUGAAGUUGACCUGGUUAUAGGGAGAAUUUUAAUUCCAAUUCAAUUUGAUCAAAGAUAUCUGUAAAUAGCUAUG